AUGCAACAACAACAGAAUCCUGCGAGACAGUUUGACACUCAGUCUGAUGUCCUUAAUCAAUUCAUGACUGAGACUCGGUCUUCUAUCAUAAACUUGGAGACCCGGAUGGAGAAAUUGGCUACUCUUAUGGCCAACCAAGCUCAAUGUAAUUUUCCUAGCACCACUGAAGUCAAUCCAAAAGAACAUUGCCAGUCUAUUACUUUGAAAUGUGGGAAGAAGUAUGAAGCGACAAGCAUAGAGCAGUCAGAUGAAGACAAGGAUCAGGAUCAACAGGCACAGGGCAUAGUGGAACAGAAGCAAGGUGAAGACAAGGUUACUGAAGACCUCCCAGCCAAAGAAGGUACACCACCAGUGAGCAUUGACCAUCACAUCAAGAUUCCCUACCCUCAAAGGCUCCGCAAGAACAACUUGGAUAAGCAGUUUUCUAAGUUCCUUGAAGUAUUCAAGAAACUACAUAUCAACAUCCCAUUUGUGGAGGCCUUGGAGAAAAUGCCAAGUUAUGUUCAAUUCAUGAAGGACAUCCUGUCUAAGAAGAGAAAGAUAGGAGAGUAUGAAACUGUGGCAUUGACAGAAGAGUGCAGUGCCAUUCUGCAAAGGAAGCUCCCUCAGAAACUGAGAGAUCCUAGGAGUUGGAAUCAUCUUUAUUGUUCUGACUCGAAAAAAAAUCAAUUGAAGCUUGGGGAAGCAAGACCUACAAUAGUGACUCUUCAGUUGGCAAACAGAUCAUUAACACAUCCUCAGGGUAUUAUUGAAGAUGUUCUGGUUAAAGUAGACAAGUUUAUCUUCCCUGCAGAUUUCAUUGUACUAGAUAUGGAGGAGGAUGCUAAUGUACCAAUUAUCCUUGUAAGACCGUUUUUGGCAACAGGCAAAGCUUUGAUUGAUGUGCAGAAGGGUGAGUUACGGUUGAGAGUACAAGGUGAAGAAGUUGUUUUUAAUGUACUCAAAGCUAUGACUUAUCCCAGGGCCUGUGAUAGUUGUUUCUCAGUUGAUGUGGUGGACAGUAUAGUAGAGGGAAUGAAGAGGGUUGAAGAUCCUCUUGUGUUGAGUUUGCUUGAAGAGGAGUUGACUGAGCAGGAUGGAAAUGAGGCCAUGGAGUAUGUGAAAUGGAUAAUUUCUUAUGGGCCUUUGAAGAGAAACUAUUUUGAAGAACUUGGUUCAGUGCCUGAGCGACCGUUGACUUCAGUUGAGAAGCCAGCGGUGGAGAAUGAGACACUUCCUGUAAUUGUGUCUGCAUUGCUUUCUGAGAUUGAAAUAGACAAGUUAUUGAGGGUGCUGAGUAUGUAUAAGAAAGCCAUUGGGUGGACUUUGGUUGAUAUAAAAGGGAUCAGCCCCUCGACAGUGAUGCACUGA